AGGAGUAGGUAGCAGAGAGAUGCAGGGCUUUGCAGCAUCCUCAGCCUACAUACAGGCACUUCAGACCCCAGCCAGGAGAGGACAGGAGGCUGUGGCACCGAGUGCAGAAGCCACCAGAGAGCCAGUGUGAGCAGCAGGCAGGGGGAUUAUUAGGAAACAAAAGAGAGAGAAAGGAGGAGGAGGAGAGACAGCAGAGAAAGGAGUCAGAGAGGCUGCAAUCAGCAGCAGCGCUCUCCUCUCACAUACACAUCCAGCUCUCGCUCUCUCUUUUUUCCUCCUCAGCCCUUCUUCUUCUUCAUCCCCUUUUCCUCCACACACCCCUUCCCUGCCCAUCACUCUGCAGCACCCUCCCCUCUGCUCUGUGUGUCUCCAUCCAUCCAAACCAUCCUGCUUUAUUUCCUGCUUGCCACCCUCCUUUAUCUUUCUCUCAUUCCCCCAAUCCUUCUAUAUCACCCCCUUCUUCUCUCUCCCCUGCACAUUCUCCUUGCCACCCCCACCAUUCUGCACUCCUCCCCCUCUUUUCUCUCUCUCUCUCCCUCUCUCUCUCUCUCCAUCCCUUUCCUCCCCCUCCUGGCUUCUCAUUUAUUUAUUUAUUUUGGGCUGCUCUUCUCUGUCUGUUUCCCUCUCUCUUGUAUUGCUGUGUCUGUAUAUUUUGGAGGUGCAACAGGGGGCUCCCCUUUGCAGUGCUUGCAGUGCAGGUAGUGGGGUCCCCCCUCACUCCCCUCCUCCUUCCCCAGCCUGUGCCCCCUCUAACCCGCCCCCCACCCCGUGUGUCCCCCCCGUGCUCUCAGCCUGCUGCAGCCUACCAACAUGAUGGCGGCAGCUCCCAUCCAGCAAAACGGGACCCACAGCGGGGUCCCCAUAGACCUAGAUCCCCCAGACUCAAGGAAAAGACCCUUGGAAGCCCCCCCGGAGGCUGGAAGCACGAAGAGGACCAACACCGGAGAAGACGGCCAGUUUUUCCUAAAGGUACUCAUUCCUAGUUACGCUGCCGGAUCUAUCAUAGGAAAAGGUGGACAGACCAUUGUCCAGCUACAGAAAGAGACCGGAGCCACGAUUAAGCUGUCUAAAUCCAAAGACUUUUAUCCAGGUACCACAGAACGGGUCUGUCUGAUCCAGGGCACUGUAGAGGCCCUUAAUGCAGUCCAUGGGUUUAUUGCAGAGAAGAUUCGAGAAAUGCCACAAAAUGUGGCCAAGACGGAGCCAGUCAGCAUCCUGCAGCCACAGACAACAGUCAAUCCUGACCGCAUCAAACAAACAUUGUCAUCAUUACCACCAGCCACCAAGUCCUCUCCAUCCGACCCCAUGACCAUCUCCAGAGCCAGCCAGGUGAAGAUCAUCGUCCCCAACAGCACUGCAGGACUGAUCAUCGGGAAGGGAGGUGCUACUGUGAAGGCAGUAAUGGAACAGUCUGGUGCAUGGGUGCAGCUUUCCCAGAAACCAGAUGGCAUUAAUCUACAGGAACGAGUGGUGACUGUAAGUGGGGAGCCAGAGCAAAACCGCAAAGCAGUAGAGUUGAUAGUGCAGAAGAUCCAAGAGGACCCACAGAGUGGUAGCUGUUUGAACAUCAGCUAUGCCAAUGUCACCGGACCUGUAGCUAACUCCAAUCCCACAGGAUCCCCUUAUGCCAACACUGCUGAAGUUCUGCCUACCGCUGCUGCUGCAGCAGGGCUUCUGGGACAUGCCAAUCUUGCCGGGGUGGCAGCUUUCCCUACUGUCCUCUCCGGUUUCACUGGCAAUGAUUUGGUCGCUAUUACAUCAGCUCUUAACACCCUUGCCAGUUAUGGCUACAACCUCAAUACUCUAGGUUUGGGACUGAGUCAAGCAGCAGCCACUGGAGCACUAGCAGCUGCUGCUGCAAGCGCUAACCCAGCCGCAGCUGCAGCAGCAAACCUGCUGGCUACAUACGCCAGUGAAGCAAGUGGCGGUGGUGGCAAUGCAGGGGCAGCGGCUGGAACGUUUGCACUAGGCAGCCUAGCUGCUGCCACCGCAGCUACCAACGGAUAUUUUGGGGCUGCAUCCCCUCUAGCUGCUAGUGCCAUUUUGGGCACUGAGAAGUCAACGGACGGCUCGAAGGACGUAGUAGAAAUUGCUGUGCCAGAAAACCUGGUAGGUGCCAUUCUUGGCAAAGGUGGCAAGACAUUGGUGGAGUAUCAGGAGUUGACUGGCGCCAGGAUACAGAUCUCCAAAAAAGGGGAGUUUGUCCCCGGCACCAGAAACCGUAAGGUAACCAUAACAGGCACACCAGCCGCCACGCAAGCUGCCCAAUAUCUAAUCACGCAACGAGUCACUUAUGAGCAAGGUGUUCGAGCGGCCAACCCACAGAAAGUGGGUUAAAUGCCCUCCCCGUCCUUCCCUUCCCUGGUUGUUAACUUAAUUGUUCCCCCCCCCCCCUUACCCCUUCUUCUUUUCAUGGAUGUACUGUAUUUUGCAGAAGCGAUUUAUAUUUUAUUUUUUAUUAGAAUUUUUGUUUUUUGUUUCCGUUUUUUGUUAUAGGCGGGGGAAGUGCGCGUCGGGUUAUUAAUAUAUAAUUAUGCAAAUGAACGCAACAGUGUUGACAAAGCGCAUCUGUAAAUAAUACAUGUUCUGCGGAUGUUUUAGAGAGGGAAUUUUUUAGUGUUUUUUUUAUUUUAUUUUUUAAUUUGAAGGAUUUUGACAGAUUAUCUCUCUCUCUCUCUCUCUCGUUGAGGUUUAUUGUUUACGCGUCAAAAAGUAAAAGUUUUUUGAAGCCUGCCAUUUUACCAGCAUUGUUGUAGUCGAAAAUGAACUGAAUGUAAACAUGAAGUGACGCAUAGGUUUUAAACUCUGUGAGGCCUGACGAGCCCGGUAAUGCACUGCAGUGUCAGGUGUUGCUGGUCCCCUCAGAACCGCAUAGUAAUCAGUAUUAGUCCUAAGUGACGCUGUAACUGAACUACUGUUUUGCUGGAAAACAGCAGGGGGUUUGGGUGGGUAAGUUACCUAUAAAACAAAAGGGAGUAAGGAAUAUCAAAAGCACUGUCCAACUUCACUCAUGCUUCCUGCCCUGGGGUGGCAGCGUAUGAGGGAAACAAUGUUUUGGAAUAAAAAAAAAGAAAAAAAAAUAGUUUUAAAUUAAAACAAAAAAGAUAGAUAUAUAUAUAUAUAUUAUCUAAAAGCAAUAUAGUUGCAAAAAAAAGCACUGUAAAAUAUAUAUUAAAAAUGGUUAAAACUGUGGAAAAAAAAAUAACCUUUUUUGGUAAGUUUACAGAUCAGUGUCUUCAUAACAACCUGUAUGACGGUGAAUAUUCCGGCUGGCCAGGCUACAUUUCUAUCAUUUAUGGCUCAUGGAUCCCAUCAGAUUUACCUCUUCUGACGGGUGAAGUUCGGUUUUUACAAGAGCUGUGUCUGUUUUCUUCCUUCAUUGGGUUUCCCUCCCGCCCCCUUCAUGCUGAAAUCCUUUAAAUCCCCAGUCUCUCACCCCCAUCUUGUUUUAAUUGCUUUAUAAAUCACCCAUGCUUUUUUCCUCCCCUAGAUGACCUUGUUUCCAAUCGUACUCUGGAGAGACAACCGAUGUCAUACGUUCAGCAACAUUUCACAAUGGCAGUUCUAGUUAACCUAUUCAUUGCUAUUGUGUGGGCCUGUGGCAGCUAAAUUGUUAUUCGGAAAAGGCAUUCCUCUCUGUCAAACGACCUCUAGCUUUGAUUUUUCUCCAACGUAAGAUAUAACCAAAACUGUUAGUUACCGCUUUUAAUUAAUGUUAAUGAUUUUCAUUUGGGGUUCAUAGUACUGGGGUUUUAAGUAGACCCCUCCGUGCCUGGCCAGCCAAGCACCAGUUGAUCCAUUGACAUCCUCCCCGUUUUAGACUUAGUGUUGUGCUGUGUGUGUAUUGGACAUUUUCUGAGCCAAAGCACACACGCACGCAACCAAUGAAAGUGCCAACUGUUAGCUGAUGAGGUUUCAUUAUCUGCAACGACUUAGUGAGGGCGUUGCCUUUUAAAACGCUUCUGAUUGUGUAUAAUUUUAACACUAGCAAUCUCUUAGUGUUGUCAAUGUAGAUUUUACUGUGAACAGUAUCUGUGAUUUUUAGCUGUUUUGAUCUCUCCGGGGCAAGGCUCAGUCAGCCACUGCAGGCUCCGAUAGACGUUUAGCUGCAUGUUCUUUUUCCGUGGGGCAUCUUUAUGUCGGCUUCAGUCAGUACUUCCCUGCAUGCUUGUUUAGCUGAGGUAGUGUUCAUUUCCGGCGUGUGUCUACCUGUCGCAAGCGCAGGUUCCUCCAAGGGCCAUUUUAUUUUAUUUUUUUAGAAUAAGCCUUUUUGUUCUCCAACUUGUCACCUCCUCCUCCAUGUUUCUGAGUGCCAACUUAGCCAGAUCAUUCUGUUUAACCUCUGCAUUUGGGCCACCUCAAGCCGCUGAAAAUGUGGCUGUUCAUAAACCCAGCAUCUUCUCAUGCUAUGCAUGCAGUCGUAAAAAAAAAAAAACACAAAAAAAAUAAAAAUAAAAAUCAAUGGACAAGAAAGUAAUUAAAAAUAGUAAAUAAUAAUACUAAAAAAAAAAAACUAAAAUGCUGGCUACCUCUGGAUCAUCAGGCUGAGAAAUUCCCAAACAACAGUUUUCCUUCCAUCUUAACUUCAACCCAUUGAUAACGUCCAUCAUAACCAACUCAGUGACAUUUUCCGCUGCUCCUCCUGUGCAACCGAUAACUGAACAAUGAUUGUGAUGUCCUCUCGUGUGGUUUCUCGCCCAGCAUCUCUCUUUCUGAACUGUGAUCUUCUUCUUUUUUUUUUGUUUAUUUUUUGUUUAACUUUUUUUUUUGUUGUUCAUUGAACUUAACAUUUUUUUUUAUAUAUAUAUAAUACCUUCAUCACCAUGUUAUAUAAUAUAAUUAUGGAGUAUUGAUUUAAAACAUCCUUCCCGUCAGUUCCUUUACCCACAACCUUCCUGCCUUACUCCUGUGCAGUUUCUGUUCACUUUUAUUAGUCCACCCGCUCCCCAAUUUUCGAGAGGCCUAUGACGCACUGUUGAGCAAAGCCACGUGAUGUGUUGCAGGCUCCUCAGGUUUGGGGGGAAUCUAGCCAUUCCAAUCUGAUGAUCAAGUCAAUUUCUUUCUUUUUUCCUUUCUUCUUUCUUUCUUUCUUUCCAUUUUCACUUUCUCUUUGAUUACAGAAAGAAAAAAAAACAUUUUCAAAAAGAGAAAACUGAUAUAUAUUAAAAAAAAAAAGGAAUGAUAUUGCUUGUUUUUAAAAUGGAAAGAGCAAAGCUGUCGUACAACUGUGUUUUAAUUGGUAAUGGUUAUUUAUCGUUAAUAGUCUCUGUAGCUCUGUAAGUUUUUAUGACAAUACAGUGUAACUAGUGGUUAGCCGAUGAUGCGAAUAUAUUUACUCAUAUCAUUAUAAAUGUGCUUUGUUCAUCAUGUA